CGACAAGUCAUAAGCGAAGAAUAGUUUAAAAUUUUCAGCAUUUAAGUACUGUCUCGGAUCGCCAAGCUCACUGCUAAGCUUCAUUCGUUCGACUUCGUUCGGAUCAGUUUUGGCUGAAUUUGUUGCUUACGUUUGAACAGAUAAGCAUUAUUGUGUGCCUGAUUGAAACAUUGAAGCGUCGACAGGAAGGCCUGCAGUAUGGAUGUGAAGUUACUUAAAACAAAUCAGUUCCCAACCAAAGAGCCGUUAAAACGAAAGCAAUCGAGUACCAGAGCACUCUGUGUGAUUGGUUUAACGACCGGACUGGCGAUCGGGUUAUUCACAGUCGGAUUGUUUUGUCACUUCCACAAACCAACAAGUCUUAUCUUAGGCGAUCGGUUGACGAUGCGACAGUUUAUGCCUUACUUCCGCUGGUGGAAGGAUACGUCUGACGUUGUGGUUACUUGUCGGAUAUUCAUCUUCAACUUUACAAACACCGAUCGAUGGCUCGAAGGGUUAGACGAUCAACUGCAGCUGGACGAGGUGGUGCCUAUCGUUUACCGCGAAACACUGGAGCACGAUAAUGUAACAUUCCACGAGAACAAUUCCACCAUGUCCUACAUCACCCGGAGGCGUUUGGUGUAUCUACCGGAGCGGAAUGUUCCGGGAAUCCUGAACCGAACGAUCGUGGUGCCCAACAUAUCCUUGCUAGGAGUUGCAGCAAGAAUGGAAGACGACAAUUUCUUCAUGAAAAAAGGCUUCAACUUCCUGUACCGCCUUUCCGGGGACACAGUAUUCAGUACCCUGACGAUCUACGAUUACCUGUGGAACACCAAACCACGUAUUUUGGAUCAAGCGAGAAAGAUCGUUCCCUCGAUGGUGCCAUCGGAUAACGUGGGGAUACUUAAAACGAUGUACGAGGAUCACGAAGAUCACGUCAAUGUACGUUACGGGAAGCGAUACGGGAACGAGCAGUUUUUCAGGAUGAACUCUUACGAGUACGAGCCAACCGUACCGGGCUUUAGCUUGGCCAAAGGGGAUUGCUUUGCUUCGAUUGUGGACUCUUCGGAAGGAGCGACCUAUCCGCAGAACCUUGACGAACGAUCAGUUCUGAUCUACUGGCGCAAGACGCUGUGCCGGGCGGUGCCGCUGUUCUACGAGCGCCGUGUUGAAAAGGGUCCUUUGGUCGGUUACAAGUACGCACUGCCGGACAGUUCGUAUGACCGGUUGCCCAACGGCACAGCGGACUGCUACAAGGGCCAGUAUGGAUUCCUCGAAGACGGCAUGACCGAUACUUCAAAGUGUUCUCAUGAUGUUCCGAUCGUGGCUACCAGUCCCCAUUUUUACGCGCGCAAUUUUACUAUGGCCCAUAAAGUAACGGGCAUGAAACCUAAUCGGGAGCUACACGAGAGCUAUGCAAUUGUGGAUCCAUCCUUCGGAAUACCGCUCGACCAGUGCGCCCGGACCCAGACGAACCUGGCCAUCCCGCUGCUCACCGGUUACGCGUCGGAAAUCAGACGCUUCAGUCAAAUGAUUAUCCCAAUGUUUUGGAUCGAAUAUCAUCAAAAAGAACUGCCACCGUACAUUGUGCAGACGCUUUCGGCUUUCUACGUUCUGAAGAACUUAGAGCCGUACCUUCCAUACGCGUUGUACUUUGUCUGUGUGCUGUUGCUGGUGAUUGCCUUCCGCGAAGCUGCCCGUUACAAGAUGCACAGUCGAAUAGCACCAACGAAGUGUACCCAUCACUUUGCGGAUCUCUAACGAUGGCCUCGAUCGAUCAUUUAGUCCAGCCGUUUCACUGUUCAUGUAUUACACUAAGGGCUAGCGGGUAGUAUCAAGGCCAUAAAAUGAGCUUACAAUAAAAGUACGAUAA